AUGAAAGUCAGGUGCGUUGCCGGUUCAUUGCCUGAGCCAAUUAGAAAGUUGGAAAGAAACGAACCCGCGAGGGAACAAGGCCAAAGUUCGUCCGGUCCGCGCCAAAGUGCAAUAACGUACACACGUGCUCUAGGAUUACCGAUAACCACAAGAAAUUUUCCUGAAAGAAACGACAGUCGCGUGUGGAGCUCUUGGUCAAUAGUGCAGUGGUUUGAGGGAUGGAAAAAGUCGUUGGUGUACGUGCCCAUGGGAGCGGUGCCCCUGCUGCUGCCCCACAAAAUCUGGCUGUCGUACGUCGCGUCCGGUCAAUUAUUCGCUCUCGCCGUUUUCCAUUUGGCAUUGUCCUUCAAGGGACGCAGAAGAAGGCGGAGGAAGGAGCGCCUUCUACAUUGCGAUAUCGACAGUUUUGAAAGGGAGCAGUUGGAAGAAUCUUUCAGACUUCCCACUAUACCUGGUGUUUUAUUUGGUUUUGCCUUCGCCUUUUUAACAACGUCAGUCCAUGUAGAUUCUUUUUCCUUUUCCUUUUUAUUUUCAUUGGAAGUGGUAGAUUGA